AUGACACCGGAUGUUCACCACACGGACGUGCACAUUGGCACAACAACAGACAGCAGGGCUAUCAUCACAGCGGCCGAUGAAGGAUUCUGGCCAAUCGCUGAAGGAGGAGGGCGGGAAGCCGCAGCCGUAUCUGAACCGGAGAAGGGGAUCGAAGCACACAGAAGAGGAAGAGGUGUUGAUGGAGCAAGCGCGUGCGAGGGAUCUGCUACUGCUGGCUCAUCGAGGCAACCACAGGCUGAUGCCUCUGGUGUGGUGGUAGCAGUAUCUGGCAAUUCGAGGGAAGAAGAAGGAAAAGGGGAGCGGGAAGGAGGGGAUAGAGGGGAUAGAGGGGAUAGAGGGGAUAGAGGGGAUAGAGGGAAAGGGAGAGUGAGUGAACGGGGAGAAAUGAGCCAAGGUGGGGGGAAAGGGGGUGUCAGUGGUGGCAAGGUGCAUGCAGGCCGUCUCAAAUGGGCGAGAAACAUACGGGGAGAGGAGGCAGCAGUAGAGGAACACGCAACAGAUGGUACCGAAGGCAACGGAGGCGGCGGAAGCAGCGGCGGCGUUGCUGCAAAGGUGCUUGCGGGUGUGAAGAUGUGUGGUGUGUGCAACAAGGUGUUCCUCUCAGGGCAGGCGCUGGGAGGUCACAUGCGGAAGCACUGGAAGGGGCCUCUUCGCGGCAGCACCAAGAGCGGCAGCACCAGGAGUGCGGGGGAGACAAAGGCUUCUGAUUCAAGGCAAGGGCAAGCGCAGUCAGAGGCAGGUGAGCAAGGACUGGAGAACGAGCACAUGAAGCAGGAAGAGGGGCAGGCGCAAGAGCAGGAGCAGGAGCAGGGACAGCGGGAUCAGGAGAAGGGGCAGGGGCAGGGGCAGGGGCAGGGGCAGGGGCAGGGGCAGGGGCAGGGGCAGGGGCAGGGGCAGGGGCAGGGGCAGGGGCAGGGGCAGGGGCAGGGGCAGGGGCAGCGGCAGGGGCAGGGGCCGGUGCAGGAGCAAAUGUUGGAUGAUGCUAGUGACAUGCUGAGGCAUAUUCAGCGGCUGGUGGCACAGCGACGGGAGCAAGGAGGGGACGGUGCUGAUGGCGGUGGUACACUGAGCAGCACACAGGGCACGCCUGUGACUUCAGAGCGGAUGCAAGACCGUGUGUUGGAAGGAAAAGAAAGCACACAUGCUUCAGGUGAGAAGCUGCGGACAGGAGGGACUGGAGAGGGAGCAGUGAGUGAGAUGCGAGGCGGUGUGGUAUUGGCAGGAGUAGGAGGAGUAGGAGGAGGAGGAGGAGGAGGUGGGCAGGGAAGGCAGCUGCGGCAGGCAGAGGGCAUGGUGGUGAAUAGUGGGCGGGCAAGUGAGGGGUUGAUUCGGAGACAAGGGAUUGUGCAGGGGCCAGCGGAGGCGGGACGAAGGGAGCGUGCAGUGGCUAUGGUGGCUGCAGCUGCUUCCCAGGGGCCUUUUAUUCCUGACCAGCCGGUGGACGUGGCAGCGCUUCUGCAACUGUUGCAGCAGCAGCAGCAGCAGCAGCAGCAGCAGCAGCAGCAGCAGCAGCAGCAGCAGCAGCAGCAGCAGCAGCAGCAGCAGCAGCAGCAGCAGCAGCAGCAGCAGCAGCAGCAGCAGCAGCAGCAGCAGCAGCAGCAGCAGCAGCAGCAGCAGCAGCAACAGGAGGAACAACGGCAACAGCAACAGCAACAGCAGCAAUGGCAACAGCAGCAGCAACAACAACAGCCACGGCAAAUUCAACAGCAGCAGCGGCAACAACAGCAGCAGCAGCAGCAGCACCAAGAGCAACUGGAUCAGAUCUUGAAACAGGAGAAAGAGAGACUGCAGCAAGAAAUCGUGCUUCAACUGCUGGAACGACAUCGACAACGGCAGGCUCAUCCGCAGCAACAGACUCCGUUAUCACAGCAGCAGCAGCAGCAGCAGCAGCUUCCUCAUUAUCAGCAGCAGCUUCCUCAUUAUCAGCAGCAUGGUGUAACACGAGGUGCUGCAGAUAUAGGGACAUCCUCGUUAGAGUCAAGGGAUGGGCUUCCACACAGGUUCCCAUCAGCAACGGGUGAGAGUGCUGGACCAUUGGAUCUCAACCUAAGUUUAUCACAAAUUGAUGAAACCCGUCCCUAG